CACUAGACAAACAUGCCCCGUAUUUAAGACUAUUUUCCUGAACUGGAUUCCAUUAAGAAAAUAAUAGCCUAAAACCUUUGCUCACUCACACACUCUCCAUUGUUCUGACAAAACCCCACUCAUUUCCUGCUUCUUACUGUUGCCUUGUCUUUCUCUCCUCCAUUCUUUCUUUCCCUCGAGCUUCGGAAUUCUCUACAUUUCAGACAUUUUAAGAUGCAGAUGCUCUAACGUUACAAUUUUCUGCUCAUUAUUCUAUUUUAAGAGUUCAUAAAGUGAAAAGAAUUGUUCUUUGCUUUCAUUUAAGAAAGGUGUAAUCUUUCUAAUUCACCAAUGGCUUGGAGAUUUCGGCUCGUUUUUGCUCUUUCUAUAAUAUUAACUCUACUGGAACUAUGUAGUGGAAGCACAAUUGGAAUUUGCUAUGGACGAAAUGGUGAUGAUCUUCCUACUCCUGAUAAGGCGGCAGAGCUAGUUAAGCAACAUGACAUCAAAUAUGUCAGGAUUUACGACUCUAAUAUUCAGGUUCUCAAGGCGUUUGCUAAUUCUGGGGUAGAGCUGAUGAUUGGUGUCCCAAACUCCGAUUUGCUUGCAUUUUCUCAAUUUCAAUCCAAUGUCGACUCUUGGUUAAAAAACAGCAUCCUUCCAUAUUAUCCAUCCACGCGGAUCACUUACAUAACAGUUGGUGCUGAAGUGACUGAGGCCCCAAGUAACAUCUCUGCGCUUGUUGUUCCAGCCAUGAAAAAUGUCUUCACAGCCUUGAAAAAAGUUGGCUUGCACAAGAAGAUCAAGGUAUCAAGCACUCAUUCCCUUGGGGUCUUGUCUCGAUCAUUCCCACCAUCAGCUGGGGCGUUCAGUAGCCACUUCGCGUACUUUUUGAAACCUAUGUUGGAGUUUCUUGCUGAAAACCAGUCACCUUUUAUGAUCGACAUUUACCCUUAUUAUGCCUAUCGUGAUUCUCCGUCCAAUGUUUCACUGGACUAUGCUCUUUUCCAAUCAUCCUCAGAGGUCAUUGAUCCUAACACCGGCUUACUUUACACAAAUAUGUUUGAUGCGCAGAUUGAUGCUUUAUACUUCGCUCUAAUGGCUUUAAAUUUCCGAACCAUCAAAGUCAUGGUGACUGAAACAGGGUGGCCCUCUAAAGGGUCACCAAAAGAGAAGGCCGCUACUCCUGAUAAUGCUCAGAUAUAUAAUACCAAUCUCAUUCGCCAUGUCAUCAAUGAUACCGGAACGCCUGCUAAGCCAGGAGAGGAGCUUGAUAUCUAUAUCUUCUCAUUAUUCAACGAGAACAGGAAGCCGGGGAUGGAGUCCGAGAGGAAUUGGGGUUUAUUUUACCCAGGUGGGACGAGUGUGUAUAACUUAGAUUUUAAGGGAAAGGGUGUCACCGAGAUGGCUAGUGGAGGAAACGCUACCAACAGUACGGGAACAACAUGGUGUAUUGCUUCAUCAAAUGCUACGGAGGCAGAUUUACAAAACGCAUUGAAUUGGGCGUGUGGACCAGGGGAUGUGGACUGUACAGCAAUACAGCCUAGCCAGCCUUGUUACGAGCCUGAUACUCUAGUUUCUCAUGCUUCUUUUGCAUUCAACAGUUAUUACCAGCAAAAUGGAGCCACUGAUGUUGCUUGUAGUUUUGGCGGAGCAGGACUUAAAGUCACCAAGGAUCCAAGCUAUGACAAGUGCCUGUAUCUUACUGCUGGGAAUAAGAAAACUUCUGCAUCCAGUAAUGUGACUGCGGGUUCUUCAGAAGCCAUAGCUCUUCAAAGGCACCAUACUACAUUUGGUCCAUGGAUUACUGUUUGCUUGGUUUCACUUGUGCUGUCAUUUUUAUGAGAAGAAAAGGGAAUUCGAGGAAGAAUCGAAAGCCGUCCUUUCCUAAGGUGGGGAAUGCAGGAAAACAAUGGUGAGAAACUAAAAAAUUAAUAUGCAAACCGACGGUACCCAAAUUUUGUAUUAGUAUGAUGUAAAUGGGAUGUUGGUCUAAAUCGGCUACGUAUAGUAUGGGUUUAAGGCUAGGAUUUUUAACUGCACAUAUUGUAGUUUGUGUACUACUACUACUAGACCAUGCUUAUUGCAUGAAUGACUUGGAUUACUUGGAAAAACUUUGUCCCAUUUUCGUAUCGAGAUUGCAUUUUCUAAACACUACUCCAUCUAGGAUGGCUUGCGUAGCUAGAAGUUAUUUAAUAGCUUGGGUAACAAAGAGAAUAAACAACCUGUUUGGUAAUUGAUAUUAAAUGGUGGAAAUUGUAAUGAGGAUCUCUUGACAAAUUUAUUGGUCAUGCUUAUUCUCCUUCAACAAACUUAUUUUCUUUAUAAAAUUCAAUUGAAUGUAUUACUAUUUGAAC